UUCUUACUCAAUCCGCCGUUGUGUGUUCUAUAGCGUGUUACAAAAGGUUCGGCUAUUUAUACGAACAACCAAUUGUUGACGCUCUAAUUGUUUACUUACUAUAAUUCUGUUUCUGAUGGACUAACUACAUGUGUCAUUGAAACGUAAUUUAAUGGACCCUUCAAUGAUGUCGAAGUCCUGCUAUUUUUGGUAGUACAAACCAAUUCUGGACCACGCCGACCAUCAUGCCCGUGCCAAGUGUUUUGGGGGUCACGGUUGCUUUACUUAAUUUGGCUUCCAUGGCUCAUUCCAUGUUUUUCCCAGAUGAGCGUCUUAUCUUUCUACAAAGAGCAGUUGAUUUAAAAGCGUUGCAACCCCAUAGCCCGAAAGUAUGCACUUCUGACGACCUCACCCUAAAGUGUACGUACACAGGUCCCCUAGCUGACCUGACCCUAGUAAGCAGGGAAGACCCGGCACGGGAAAGGGCAAACUGGACCCAAAUGGGCCGGGAGGCCACUUACAUUUUGUCAAAUAUUUCUACUGAAGACAACAAUUUAAAUAUCUAUUGUUGCCAAGGAAAUUGUGAGGAAGGAACCAUUCUUGGAGUAGUUCUUCUACAUGUUUACAAUAACAUUCUGUCUGGAGCCCUGGAGCCAACAAAUGGUCAUGCAUGCAUAGGGGAGAACUUAACACUCACUUGUAGACUUAAUGACAGUCAAAAACCAUGCCUUGUCUACCUACAUGUAUACCCAAGUGAAAAAAUUAUUACCCAAUAUGAGUUGGUGGACAAAUAUUCGUACAAAUUUACAUUUGUCAAUGUAAGCAAACAAACGUUGGAAGUAAUAUGCAUGUGUGACUCGUGGCGAGUUACGAGGGACAGUGAUGAGUGGACUAUCAUUAAAGUUCUGUACACCCAGCCUAUACCUCUACAAGACUUCCAUUGUGAAGUCUACAACUACCAGGACAAUAUGACCUGUACAUGGAACCUGGGUCAGAAGUAUGAGCCUAAUCCGCCAGACAUUGAAUGCAAUUUUCGACUGCCUGAAUUGUCUGGUUCGUGGACCCCCUGCUUAGCAAACAAAGUGCCUGACAAUCUGGUCACAGUUGUUUUCAACUCAACACGGGCUGGGGACUUCAGCUUGAAACCUGUUGAAUUCAAUAUGACUGUUGCCUCAAAAUGUGGGAAAAACGUCUCUGGCUUGUACUCUGUGAUUACAAAGGACACAGUGCGCCCCGCCCCUGCUAAAGAUUUAGCGUCUGCGGUGAUCAACAGCACUUGCAUCGAGUGGAGUUAUAGGCAGGAUGCUAAUUAUCAUCGUCAAAAGAAGUACAACCUUACUGUCUCCAGUAGGUGGAAUGAUGAAAAGGUUUUCACAGGUUUAACUAAAGAGGAAAACAACAGUCUGGUGGUGUGUGACCUCCACCCAUUCACUGAAUACACAAUGACAGUACAGCUUCAUCCAGAAAACAAAGGGUACUGGAGCAGACCUAUGUCAAUCAGCAACACAACCCUCCAGAGUGUGCCAUCGUCAGGCCCAGAAGUGAUUCCCGGUAGUUGCUACUGGAAUCCACAAGACUGCAUACGCGGCAAUCACAGGGACCUCACUGUCUACUGGCAGGACAUACCAGAGAAUCACAAAAAUGGUGAAAUCACGUUUUUCACUGUGUCUUUAACUCCGUUGGGCGGUGGAGAUGUGAUUGUGGAGUCAGACAUUGCCUAUAGGGUCCGCCAGAAAAGUUUCUUGGGUCAGCGUGUGAGGUGUGAUUCUGACUAUGCUGUCUCUGUCAUCGCCUACACUAUAAUAGGACCCUCCCCUAUGAACAGCUACCCUAUUCAAAUUGCUAAAUAUGGCACAGAUUUACCACAACCAGAGUUCUGGGCAGAGAUUGUGAACCAAACUAAUGUGGUCAAUGGAACCCAAACAGUGGCCAUACAUUUGCCUCAGGUCUCCACUGGAGUGAAGGAGAAACUUAAAGUUCAGAGUUUCACUGUCUGUUACUGCCGAACAUCCAUGGGCAAUUGCCAGAGCAAUGUUCCUGUGACCUGCUUAUAUGCAGACGGCUCAGAAGACACAGUCAAUGUGACAGUUACAUUUCCAGAAGAUUACUUGUAUGGGGUAUCCAUGACAACGCCUUUAGGCAACAGCGGCUUGAUGUGGCAGAGUUGCGUGUACCUUCAGAAUGCAGUGCCUACCAAGGCCCCAUUGGAUGUGAUGGCUCGGACCGGAGCAGACGACAACACGAUAAUGGUUCUGUGGUCCCGGCUGCCGUGUGAAUCUGGUCAGCCGUACAUUGAUAGCUACACUAUCCAGUACUGCCCAGUGGAAAAGAGUGACAUGCCAUGCUCAGGCUCGUGCAAGCAACUGAGCGUGUCUGGUACUGACUCCAGCCACACAAUAGAGGAGUUGAUAAAGGACCAGACCUACUGCUUUACAGUGAUGGGUGUAACAUCAGAGAGGAUUCAGGGACCGGCCAGCAAGCCUGCCUUCGCUGUAGCCAAAAACAAAAACUUAAAGACGGGAGAAAUUGCAGGAAUAGUUGUAGGUGUACUGUUUGUACUGGUCAUGUUUGGCGGUGUCAUCUUUUUUGUCUCCAGCUGUAAAAAGCGAAUGAAGGCGUGGAAACUAAAGAAGAUGGAAGUUAAAAUGCCAGACAUACCAGCCUUUAAAGAAGAAUUCAAUACAGAAUAUGACGAUUUAGGAGACCAGUCAGAAGAAAAUGUUGAAUAUGAGAAUGAGCCUUCAACACCGUAUGUUGUAUUAGAAGACUUGGAUAAUGGGAAGAAGCCUGGUCUGCAGAGGCAAGUGAGCAAGGACAGUGGUGUGGAGGACCCUGAGAGCCCUAAGCCCCUGCCAGAGGGCUACUGUCGUGUAGCUUCCCCAGGGCUCCCACCCGUGCCAGAGCAUAGGGAGACGGAACCAAUGGCAGAGAAGCUCACAGUGGGUCAUUUGGAGAUGGGGCACAGAGCAAGUAGGAACCAGGCAGUAACAGUAGGUCGUGUUGAAAUGGGCUCGGGAAUUGGGUUUGCAAAAGAGGUCAAAGGUCAUGUGGGGAUUGGCCAGGCAGAGGGUGUUAAAACAGAGGAUGAAACACAACGGAAAGAGAUCAGCAUGCAUCCUGAGCAUUCUGACUCAGGAAUUGAUACCAGUAAGAGUAAUGCCAGUAACUGCAGACAGUUGGAUUCAAGCGGGGAAACUGAUUUGAAACAACUUGCUGGUCAUUUUGUUAGCUCUCAGUUAGCUCCAUUUAUCAGUAACAUACCAGUACCUGCAGCUGAAGCCGAUUACGCUUUUGAUUCUGGGGGACAAAAUCAGAAACGGAACAUACACAACUUGAAACUAAAUCUUGACGGAAGCAGUGGAUUUAAUCAGGCUUCCAAUCCAUGCAUGCCAAAUACUGAUUACGUAUUUGCAAUCAAUGGAGAAAUGACGCCCAUAACAUCAGAAUCCCCUCACGUAGCACCACUUCGAAUUGUUCCUAUGCCAAAUGAAUUUAAGGCCACAACUGAUCAACAACCGGACUCCAUCAUUCAAGAUAAUGAUAGCUUCAGUUUGGAAAUAGAUUCAAGCAGUUCUGCACCCCACUGGUCACAAAGUCAGUCAAACAAAGGCGAAAGUGAUUACAUGAAAGUAGUCACUGAUGGCUAUGUAACCAAUGGUAUAGACUUGAAAAAUGGAGACAAUGUCACUUCCAGUAAGAGUAACCCCAUCAACAACAAGGUUGGACUGACCGAUUAUGUCUCUACCACAGAUGGCCUCAUCAGCAGCAACCAGAACGAGGCAACAAGACAACGGCAGUCGUCUGGAUGUAGCGGUGGAUCAGACUCCACAGACUCAGGUGUGAACUCUGACAGGGCCAACCAGGGGUCACAACGGAGUUCUUUAUCGGACAGCGGAGAGGAAUCAAACUUUAAUCCUUUCACAGAAUUUCAGCCUGAUAAAAACGGUUAUGUGUUUGCAGUGCCACCAACAGUUGGAAUAAACUGAUUUGACAUCUUAUUUAUUUGUUAAUUCUUCCUGCCAUAACACAUAAGUCUCAUGUACAAAUAGCGGUAUGAAUAGUCUUUUUACAUUAUAGUGGCGUGUAAAUUAUACCCAUUUCCCUUACUUUAAUUUACUUAGUCACAAAUCAUGAAUAUUGGUACUUACAAACAAUGGUUCUUUUCCACUUUGUGACACAGGCGGAGAUUGGUUUCAAGGCUAUUUUGACAACCUGGACUAUGGUGACUCUUUUUUUUCAACUUUAGAUAGGUAUUUUAAUAUCUUUAAUAUUUAGACAUUAGUUUCUACAUUUUAUUGACUUCCCGACAUUGGUUACAUUAUAUUGACCAAUGUCUGGAUACCCAUGGUCACAAAUUGUAUUAUCUGGUUAGGUAUAGUCUAAUGUGUGUGUAUUAUAACAAUUAUUUACUUAUGCGUGCUUUCUUUAAUAUUCAAUUUUUUAUGUUGCAAAUAGAUUACAGGUGGUGGUGUGAAAUUUAAAUGUUUUAAUAUGGAUUAUUGGUGCAUUUUUUCUGAGCCAGUGUGUAGUAAAACAAAUGAUCUACUUAAGUGGGCUUCCCUUAACAUGCAAUGUAUGAUGUUGCAAAUAGAAUAAAGGCAGUGGUUUGGAAAGAACAAGUGUAUAUAUUGUUAAUUGGUGCAUUUUUUCUGAGCCAGUGUGUAAACAGUGGGAGGCAUUGAGUUUGUAUGUACCUGUGUGUGUAUGCAUUUGUCUAAUCAUGUCCAGGAAGCUUAUUGUUAAAUAAGGGAAAAUUGUCUCUAAAGAUCAAUGUUUGGAUAUAUCAGGUGGCAUGCAAUUAAAUCAAGGUCAAGGUACCUAGUUCAGAGGUCAUGUAAGCAUAAUACAAGUUUUAAUUACCUCACAUUUUUAUUUAUCAGACUAUUUCAAAUCAGUGAAGAUAUGCCAUGACAUGUGCAACACCUGCUUCUUGCUCAAUGGUUAAAUACUUUAAGGUAAAGGCACAAAGCGCCUUUUCCCUUUUUUUCAUUUCAUUAUGUUUCAUUCAUUUUAAAAUGAAUGGCCACUAAAGAUCUCCAUUUGGAGUAAGAAUUAAACUUCAUUAGUGUAUAUAGUUUGAUUAAAUUUACAAUAGAAUAUUUGUUAACAUGUUUAUAUUUGUUAAGAUCAUUUUAGAAAUUUUUUCAUAUAUGAACAUUAUUUUACAUAUAAAUGCUUUUUCUGCUAUUAUUUUAAGAAAAUACUUUUUUAAAUGACUUACUGUUUUAUAUAUAUAUAUGCACUUGUAUUUGUUGAGAUAUUAUUGAUUGAUAAUUAACAUAUGUUUGUCGUACAAUACUGUAUACGUUCAUGUGUAUGUAUGGUCUUGUUCAUGUAUUCAUUACUGUAUUAAUGUACAAAUGUAUAUGCAUGAGAAUGAUUCAUAUUAACCCUUUGCAUGCUGGGAAAUUUGUUGUCUGCUAAAAAGUUGUCUGCUGAAUUUCUAAAAUUAGCAUUUUCUUCGAUUUUUUUUCAAAGAAUACUAUCAGAAAAGCAAACAGUUUGGAUCCUGAUGAGACGCCACAAAACGUGGAUCCAAACUGUUUGCAAAGGCCUUCUAAUUUCGGUUCCAGCACUGAAAGAGUUAAUAAGCUGUUAAAGUAAUUGUUGGUUUUGCUAUUGUUGGGCCAGUUGUUUUACAAUCAAUUACGCUUUGUAUUGAUGAAUCAACCGUUUCUAUGAUAAAAAAUAUUCAAAAAUGAAAUAGUUAUAUUAUAUGAAGACUUCAAAGGUGUCAUGGUAUUGAUAAAAAAUAAGUAUAAAAACAUUUCAUCAUGAUAGCUAUUCUCCUAACAAACAAUAUGAUGGUACUAGUAGUUAAAAAUUUGAUUUAAAUGAAAUGUAAACGAAUGGACAUCAGGCACCAGCCAAAAAUGAUAAAUGUAAUUAAGUUUAGGAAUUUAGUUUUUUCUAAAGAAGAGAAUUUUAGAGCCUGGAUCAGUUCCCUAUGUUAAUCAUCCAUUCCACAAAAUAUGUUCGAGAAAAUGCCACUUUGACUUGGUGCAUAUGUCUUUUUGUAGGAAAUCAAGUUGAUUCACUCUAUAAAAGUCUGUUAAAUUUCAUGGAAGUUUGAACGUGAUAUUUUUUUCCUGGUGUGAAUCAUUAUAAUUGUUGAGUUUGUUGUUGUUGUUAUUUUGUAAGGACAUAAUUUUAUGAAUGAAAUUUAAUUUGGGAACAAAUUGUAAAAAUGUAUUAUUAGAUGCAUUAAAUAGGCACAUGUGAAAUGCGGUAAAUAAAUCAAUGAAUGUAGUUUGAAGAUUUGAUUAUUUGGAAUAGCCAUAAGAAAUAAUAUUGAUAAUUUAAAUGAUGGAAAAUACUAUACAAUCAUAGUGUUUAUGCAUUAUUUUCUCUGUUUCAAUUGUUUCCCUAAUUGUUAUGUUCUUGUAAAUAUAAUGAAAUGAAUAAAAAAAAAACAAGUAUUCAAGUAAUAGCUGCUUUUUUGUUUUACAAUUAAUAAUAUCUUUUCAACUAUGUUCAAUACUGUUUUGAUCUUAACUUUAUUGUUCUUAUUGCUUUAUCUGUACAGUCUUUUUUGUUGUUAUCAUUUCCUGCAAUACUAAAAUGUGUCUUAUAAAAUAUAACUUGUAGAUUUUAAAGUCUACUAUAUUGAUUGAUUUUGAAAAUGAUCUAAAUUCUAAUCUUAACUCAACACUGUCUCAUGAAGUGGUGAGGCAUUACAUAUUUUAUUACUCAACUGGAGUCAGAUUGUGCCAUAAAAACAUGUACAAAUUUAUAUAUUUUAUUUAUGUACAGUGUCAUAUGAUACUAUUUUACUUUGUGGUAUUCAACAUUCUAACACGACGUUUUCGAAAACAAAUAAAUACAUGUUAACAAAAAAUGCGUGACAUGUUAAUGUUACUUUUCAAAUAAAAUCUGGAAUUUUGACUUUUUGAGGAAGUGAGGAAGCAAGAACCAUUCCAAAUAAGUUAAUGCAAUAGGUCACUUCAGCUCGAUUGGUCAUUGUCGGCUUGGGUACUACUUAAAUGUACCUCGGGUACUCUUAAAAAGUAUACUUUAAUGUACACUGGGUACGGAAAAUAUACUAAAACGUACCCGGGGUACAUUUAAGUAGUACAAGGGACAAUGACCGAUCGAGCAUCACUUUAUAUAAGAUCAUCUUAAUCUGCUUGAAGUAGUUGAAUAUUGAUGAAGACCACUAUCAUAACCAUAAUUUCAUGUAUGUGGCUUCUUGUUAAGUUGUUAUAUUUUUAUUCUGCUCAUAGUAAUCCGAUACAUGUCCUACUACUAAUACUUGUCCUUUUGUUUUACUUAUACUAAGCGGCAUUUAAAAAGUAAUACAAGUAAUAAAGUGUAUAAUCGGCGAAAAAUACCUGUCUCAGCACGGACGUUGCCAUCUUGACGUCCUUAAGAUUAUCACGUGAAUACCCCAUCUGAUUUCUGCAGUCUUGUUUUGACAAAAUAUAUUGUUUUUGCAUGCCUUGUUAAACUUUUGUAGUCGCGGAAGUUGGAACUAUAUACUUUAUAAGGAGAGAAUGAAUUUGUGUUAACAGCAGAUGGUCUCUUAGUUAUCAUUUCUUUGUACACUACUUGAAGAGUUACACAACACUACUAAUAGUAAUAAAACAAUUGUCAAGAUAUAGUAUUUUAUAAUGUAGUUAAAUAUUUUGUUGAUAAUAUAUUAAACCUGCUUAUAUUAUAUUUGAGAUUUUUUUCCUAUUAGACGAAUUGUACGAUUUCAAGCUCAAAUGUUAAGAUUUAAUUGUUGAUUUCCUGAUUUCGUAAAACAUUAAACAUAAUUGAAACAGCUCAGGACGUUGUAGUCUCAAAAUGGUAUAGUUUAUGACCAAAUCAUACAUAUUUGAAACCAUAGGGAAUUAAAACGGUUUCGAACUUCAUUUUGAGUAUUGAAUAUGUAUAAUUAUUAUAUCUGCUUUACAAUCAUAUUUAAAUGGCUACUUAAUCUUGAUUUAUUGUUACUUCUUGUAAAUGUCCUGUUUCGCCAGUACAAGCAAAAUUUAUGUGAUAUUUUACGGACAUAUUGAUAAAAUAAUACCCAAUGUUCGAGUCAAGGACCAAGUUAUCUGUAAUAUUUUUUAACUGCAGUGUGUAUGUACAGCUCGUUAAAUAAUGCCCAUACAUCAUAUUGUUUGAUUUAAGUUUUGUGUUUAAAAAUAUUGUCCAUUUGCUUAUUUUUUGCUGUUCUCAGGCUUAUUAUCAUAAUGUUUAUUUCACUUGGGAUUUUGGAUUUUGUGUUAGGUAACUUCACCUAUGAAUAAUCGGACCUCAAAAAAAGCUCCCUUGAAAUGUUCAAAUUCUAUAUUUUAGCUCACCCGAGUACAAUGUGCUCAUGGUAAGCUUUUGUGAUCGCCGUUUGUCUGGGUUUUGCUGUGCAUCGUCAGGCGUUGUCUUCAACAUUUAUAUUAUGACUACCCGGUACUCUUCAUAAUCUUUAUCCAGUCAUCAUGAAGCUUGGUCACAACUUUUAGCCUAAUCCUAUCUUUGCCGAAUACCAAACUGGACAACGAUAGGUCAAAAACUAGUUCACAAGAUUACAUUAAAGAAGAGGCUUGUGAAUCCGAAGCAGUCACAUUUUAUGUCAACUCUCUUUGAAACUUUAUCACCACAUUUGUUCGAAUGAUAUCUUAAUUGAGUUUGAAAAUGGUUCCUGUCUGUUGAACAACACGUCCGCCAGGUGACGGACAGUUUUCAUUCAAUGUCUUGCGUGAAUCCUUAUGAACAGUCAACUCUCUAGGGGUCACAUAUGUUCUGUCAAAUCUUCAUAAACACUUGUUGAAAACAUGUGUUCUAAUAUAUCUCAACCAAAUUCAAAAUGGCUCUGGUCCGUUUUAAAAUAUGGCCGCCCUGUAUGAAACCUUAUAAACACCCAAGAAGUCAUAUUUUGUGUCUAAUCCUAAUCAAAUUUGCUCAGAAUAUUUGUUAUAAUGAUGUGUCGGUUGAGUUCGAAAAUGGUUCUGGUCUGUGAAAAAAUGGCUGCCAGAGGACGGGUACUUGAAUAGCAGUAGCGAAUCCGUGUGAACACUCUACAUAUCGAACGAUUUAAUUCAAAUGUCAAGUAUCCUACUCAAAACCUUUGUUGUUAUGCUAUCUUUGCUGACUCAGACAAUGGUUCAGGUCAAUUGGGAAACAUGGUCGCAAGAGCAGGACAAUUUUCUGUAUAUUGCUAUAGUGAAAUAUUUUGACCACUCUAAAAGUCACAUUCUAAUAAUAUCUUGGCCAAAUUUUAAAAUGGCUUCGAUCUAUAAAAAAUUGUAACGUCAUAUGUACUUGCACCAUCAGCACUAAACUUGAUAACAAUAUUUGUUCUAAUGAUAUCUCGGUCAUGUUAAAAAAUAUUUUCAGGUACAAAAAAAAACAGAAUACACAUUUAUUAUAUACUAGUAUACAUUUUACAAGCUGUUUCUUUUUCUUUAGUAACCCAGGCUAUCGGGUGAGCGGCCUAGAUGGUCAGGCCCUCUAUAUUUUAAUGUUAUGCAUGUAUCUGAAGUAUCAACUUUUUUGUGCACAGGUGAAGGGCGCGUGGCCAAGUCACUUUAACACUAUUAAAUAUGUCAUAUAACAACAUUUUUUAUCAUAUUGACCAAAAAAAAAAAAAAAUUCUGAUAUGUUAUAUAUGAACAAUUUGUCCUUUUGUUUGCGUUAUAACGUCGAAAUCGUUGUAAAUCGGGAAUUGUUUAUCGGCAAUUUCGAGUCAAGCUCCAUGUCGAUUAGACGCUCAAUACCGAUUACGGUUCCCGGUUUCAGGUUUUCGGUAACUCUGAGGCGCGGAACCAAAAAUUGUAUAAAUAGCGUAAGGUGAAGGACGGAUCAUCGUACACGAUUGAAAUAAACAUUCAAACAUAACGAUUAUAUUAGUGUUUGGUGUGGACAAAAAGACAAAUCUGUGUUGUAAGUUGAUUAACUCUAAUUUUUUAGUGUAUUAAUGCGUAUUAUGUUCGGUAGCUGUGGUAUUUCGAUAGUUUUAUUCUUGUAAAAUCGGCACUGAACUAUCGGUCAGAUCGACGCCGACCUAGCAUUUCUUCGAGUUCGAGAAGUAUUUUCUUGUAGUUUAUGUCGGCAAGUAGCCGUUUGUGGUCAUUUUUCGUCACGAGGCAACCUUUCCCAACAAAAUGGUACAUAGUUUACGAAAAUCGACCGCCAUUUAGGCAAUAAAUCGCAUAAAAUGUAGAUGAAGGUGAUUUUCCUGUGUCAAGAGAUACCUACCUUGUUCAUAUAUAACAUAUCAGAAAAAAAAUAUUUUUUUUUGGUCAAUAUGAUAAAAAAUGUUGUUUAAUGACAAAUAGUGUAAAAGUGACUUGGCCACGCGCCCUUCACCUGUGAUUUUGUGGACCUACUUUUUGUAAUAAAGCAUAUAUUAGAAUCUUAAA